UUAAACAAAGUACAUACAACUUAUUUUCCUCAUUUAAAAACGUACAAUUGUCAAAUUUAAAUAAAAUAACUCUUUUGGUUACAAAAUACGUAACAAAGCGUGCCUCUACGAAAGCCGCGAAGCAUCAAAACACCAAGCAGCUUCCGCGUUUUUCGGCGUGAGGAAUCCCGGACGAAGACGAGGUUCAGUAGACUCGUUUUGAAUUUAAGAUUGGAAAUAAAUGGAGAUGGAAGAGAGAGAUGUGGACGAUGCUGUUAAGUUUGAAGAGAGAGAUGACACAGAUUCACAGCCUGGAGAGACUGGAGCAGGACUAGAACCUCAUAAAAAUUCAGAAACAGAGGCUAAAGAUGCACAACAUCUUCCAUCAGUCAUUCCAGCCCCAGAAACUGUAGCAGCCAGUCAGAAGCCCUCCACAGUCUCUGUUAAAACAGACAACUUAGUUAUUCUUGACCAAAAUGGAGAGCCUAUACAGUAUCAACAGAUGGUGAUCGUGAAAGGGAAGAGUGGAGAGUUGUAUGCAGUCCCAUCUGUCCCUAUAGGGGGCCCUCACAUGUUACUAUCUCAUGGUCAGCUGUUGGAUGUAGCACAGACAUCAGGUGCCUUUGUUGAGAAAACAAGACACCAGCCAAUCAUCACAUCCAUUAAAGACAAUGAUGGCACUAAUAGUUUAGCUGCAGAAGCAGCUCAGAGUGUUACUGCUGCUAGAAGUCAGAUGAAAGGAUCUCCUGAUGUACUUGGGCCCCCAGUGAAGCCACUGCCACCAGGGGCACCAAACUGGGCUCUGAGACUGCGUGAGUGUGAGAAGAUCGGAGACUCGUACCGUGGUUACAGUAACACAGAGGCUGAGCUGGAGGCUGUUCUGCUUUUACACAAGCAGCAGACUCACACUGUGUUUGGCACCCGUCAGUCACCCUCACCUGCAAAACCUGCCACCCGACUCAUGUGGAAAUCACAGUAUGUGCCCUACGAUGGCAUUCCUUUUGUUAAUGCAGGGAGCAGAGCCAUUGUGAUGGAAUGUCAGUUUGGUCCAAGGAGGAAGGGUAUCCAACCUAAAAAAGGAUCUGAGCAAGAAACGAAUCAAAGUUUCCAAUACAGAGCAACCUGCCCUGCCAGGAUAUAUAUUAAGAAAGUACGAAAAUUCCCAGAAUACAGGGUUCCAACAGAUCCAAAAGCAGACAAGAAGGUAGUGCGUCAAGAGCAAGAGAAAGCCUUUAUCAACCUCAAGAAGAGUUCAUGGGAUGUUGGAGGGGUUGUAAGGUAUUACAUCCAGCUCCCUACAGAGAAAGCCCAUCUUUACCAUGAUGUGGACACUGCAAGCCUACCUCCACUUCCAGAGCAGGUCUGCUUUGCAGAGGAACAACAGAAUGAGGAAGAAGAGACUGAGGAGGUUGAGGAUAUUCAGAUGGAGGAUGACUCAUCUGUCCCCUCUCGACUGCACCCACUUGUGGCAGAUAAGAUCUGGGAGUUGGUGGCACAAGGCCAUAACCAGGUUUACACUGUCCGCAAGCAGCUCAGGAGGUUUGUGGAACGUGAAAUGUUCAAGUCAGAUGAGGUGCCUGAGAGACAUAAUCUGUGUUACUUUCCCACUGUUAAUGACAUCAAGAACCACAUCCAUGAGGCUCAGAAAGCUCUUCAGCUGACAGCGGGAUCAUUGACUACCUCAGAUGCAGAGUGGAAAGCAGAGGAUGAUAACCUCCUAUCAGAGACUGUAACCUAUACCCUGACUCCUGCUGUUAAGGAUGUAUCCUCUCAGAAGGGAGGACUCUUGGAAGGGAGUGACACUCUUUCUCCAGAGGCUGUGCAGCUCUUCAGCUCUCUGACAUCACUGCAGCCCAGGAUCUUUGCACAUCUCCAGGGUAUCCAGCUACAUCCAGUGGAAGGCGCUCCUAAACAGUCUACAGCAUCAUCACCAGAACCCAUAGAUCCAUCUAGUCCUGUACCCCCACAGCCUAUCCUGCUGAAUCCAUCUAUGGAUGUCUCAGCAGAGUUAUGCCAAGGCCAGAAAUACGGCUUACAACAAUAGGAAAGAAAAUAUACUUCAACUCUGCACAUCGGUUUUGGAUGUUGUAGUACUCGAGACUGGACUCUGUCUUUUCAUGGAUUUGGUCUUGUCAUGGACUCAUGAGUAAUUUGAAGUGUGGACUCAGACUUAACCCCGAGUCAAGUCGAGUCCCUUUUAAAAAUAUAUACAGUGAAAGCUUCGACUUAUCUAAAAAAAAUUUUGACUGACAAUAUCAGAGAUCUUUUUUUUUUUUUUCUCUUUUCCUUUUCUCCCCUAUUUGGAAUACCAGUUCCCAAUGCACUCCAAGUCCUCUUGGUGGCGUAGUGACUCGCCUCAAUCCAGGUGGCGGAGGGCGAAUCUCAGUUGCCUCCACGUCUGAGACUGUCAAUCCGCGCAUCUUAUCACAUGGCUUGUUGAGCGUGUUACCGCGGAGACAUGUGGAGGCUUCACGCUAUUCUUCGCGGCAUCCACGCACAACUCACCAUGCGCCCCACCGAGAGCGAGAAACACAUUAUAGCGACCAUGAGGAGGUUACCCCAUGUGACUCUACCUUCCCUAGCAACCGGGCCAAUUUGGUUGCUUAGGAGACCUGGCUGGAGUCACUCAGAACGCCCUGGAUUCUAACUCGCUAUUCCAGGGGUGGUAGUCAGCGUCUUUACUCGCUUAGCUACCCAGGCCCCCCAAUAUCAGAGAUCUUGACGUUUGUCCCGCAUUUCAGUCUGCUGCGUAAAAUCAGAACUAGUGAUGCCCAGUUCACAAAUAAAGAAUUCUCACAGAAUUGGCCAAACAGGUUAGCAAAAAGGUCUGAUUCGAUUGACUAUUCAGUCUGAUUUGUUCAGACUGCUAUAGUAUCUCACUGAAUAAAUUGCAGCAGCUUCUCACUCAUUAAAACAGCAUGUUUUAGAAAAUGGAAAACAAACCAGUUGUUGGAUGAAGUGGAUAUUUACCUACAGUCAACAAAAGAGGUAACUAUGAGAAACUUCCAUUGGUGCUGUGUCUAGUUAAUAAGGGGCUGUACACACCAAACGUGUUUUGCAUCCAUCCAUACUGUUUUUCAGUUGUUUUUCUAUGUAAACAUGCUAAAUGGAUGUCUUUGACCAUUGCAGUACGUAUCACUGUGUUUUUGGUGUCUUGUGCAGGAGCACCACAGUUUUUUUACAUUCUUUUGUCAAGUUAAAAAGAACAUCAGCUGUUAAAAACGUGUCGUAUAACUUGUAUUAUACUCUAUUCCCUGAUUGCUCACAUACAACACCCAGACAUCUAUUUAAUGUGUGUGUUUACUUCUGGAAGAUGUCUAUUUUACGUUGUUUGCUCAUCUGCAAUAGGUCUAUAAGACGUAUGUCAAUAAGUAUGUCUUGGAUGUCAAUAAGAAAUUCAGCAAAUAUCUUUGAGAUGUUUAUGAUUUAGAAUAGUUGUAAAUCUUUUUUCAGAUUAACAUUUUUAUUGGUUGUUUCUCAACAUGACACAUAACAAAGCAAAACAUUCAUAUACAGAGUCAACCAUUAAACCCCAUUGUUUCCCUUACCCCCUCCCGAUCCCCAACCCCACCCUGACCCCCAACAAACAUCCUUGUGGCCAAAGUCUGAGUACACACGCAGAUAAAAAAAUAAAAUUAUAUAUCUAUAUAUAUAUAUAUAUAUAUAUAUGUAUAUAAUAAAUAAAUACAAAUAAUAAUAAUAAUAGAUAUUUACUUAUCAGUGUAAUGAUUCCCCUGCUCUUACUAAAGAAAAUAUGUCCACCCCAUAUCUUCCCAAAUUUUCAGCUUCCUACGGGGAAAGAUACGUUUCUUGAAGAAACACUAUAUCAUAUUUCUUAAGUUUAAGAAAAGAAAUAACCUUCCUUCUUUUUAUGGGGUGCCCCAACUCAUUCACAUUCCAUGUAGAGAGAGAGAUAGUACACUCAUAUUAACAUUUGGCAUUUUGACAUGUUAGAUAAAAUAGAUUGUGUGUCAAAAAUAAAAUUAUAAAAAUGACAUUCCAAUAUUAGUGCAACAAUCAACCCCAGAACUUUCCCCAGAACCAAACAAACAGAAAAAAGAAAAACGUGCGCAUUAACCCCGCGCACGACAGCGCCAACCGGUGUCCAUCCCUCUAAACUCUAACAGUCCAUGUACGCAUACGAGAACCCCUGCGACAACUUUGCCAUCGGAUUACUCAAGUCUGGGGCUUCUAUACAAAAAUUUGUAAAACAGAAUUAUACAACAGAAAAUAAUCUAAAAAAAUAAGCAGAUUAAAAAAAAUAUGUAGAUUAAUCCACUUAAUUGUCUCGAAGGUGUGUUCCUCCACAAAACAAGCUCCAGCCGCUAGCAGAACCAGUAAAAAAAUAAAAAAUAAUUCAGUUCUUCAGGCAGUCAAACUCACUCCAAUGUCCUGCAAGAAAUAUUCAACAAAACCAACUCCAGCCAACAGGAGGCAUAAGCACCCAAAACGAGCAGAUUCAUCCACAAGCUGUCCCAAAGAAAUGAUAUUACACAAAACAAACUCCAGCCGCUAUAGGCGGAACCAGCACAAAGCGAAAUGAUAAAGGUGCCCAGCUUCCUCGGACAGUCGAGUGUAUGUUUAAUGGGUCGGUGCACUAGUCGGUGCACCAAUAUGAAAGUCACCAAAUGGCUUACUCACUCCAAUGUUUUCAUGAAGGACAUUGCUUGCUGUGGGCAUGUAAAUUCUCUACGUCCAUCCUUAGUAUCUAUUCUCAGUUUGGCCGGAAACAUCAGAGCAAACGCAAACUUCAGUUGAUGUACGAGUUUCUUGUAUUCCCUGAAUCAUUCACGUUUAUCUCUUGUCAAAUUCGCAAAGUCUGGGAACAAGAAAAUGCUGUGAUUCUUCCAAGAAAGCUUUCCUUUGCUCCUCGCCUUGCAUAAGACGAGAUCUUUAUCAGAUGAUCUCAGAAAUUUGGCCAGAAUUGAUCGGGGCCUGUCUCCCUCAGCCGAUCUCCGAGCCAGUACUCUGUGAGCUCGUUGAUUUCCAGCUUAUGGCCUUUUAUGUCGAGCAGACUCGGGUAGGAAUUUCACCAUAUCUCUGCCUUCCUCAUGCUCAGGAAUUUCAAUGUCAAUUCCGAUUCUCCAAAUCCUCCAGUUUUUCCCAAACGCUGUCUUGGUCGCUAGCGGAUUAGCAGCUAAUUCCCUCUCCGAUGACUCCAGAUAAUUGAUCCGUUUUUCGACGUCCGACAAUCUUGUAACCAACUCAGUGAAUUUCAUCUCCAUGGAAGUAAUCGAUCGACGUAUUACCGCCAAAUCCUCCAAGUCUGCAACAAUCUUCGUCAGCAUUGCCGACACAUUCAUCAAUUCACGCCGGAUUUCUUUAAGUUCACCAUCCGAAUUGAAAACGGGGCUUCCGGCCUGCCACUGCGGGGAAUCAGCUUGAGAACGUAAGUGUCUUAUAAUGUCUCCAGAGCCCGAGGAUUUUGAAUUUUUUGACAUAUUGUCUUCCUAGAACAGUUAAGAAUCAGGGUGCAUCGAAUCUCACCGGUCCAUGACACAAAUAGCAUUAAAACUAGCAAAGUGCGUAGAGCUCGCCGCUCACACGUCCGCUCCUUGCACGGUGCCACGCGACUCCCCUAGAAUAAUUGUAAAUCGAAACUUUUUAAGAUGUUUGCAGAUGUUAGAUACUGUACUUUCCUGAUGAAAAGAUCUAAAACAGAGGACGGGACCUAAACAGGUGGUGAUGGGGUGGUUGGAGGUUUUAAACAACGAGGCAUUACGAAUGAUGAAGGAGAUGUGUGAGCUUAUAUAGCAGAGGCUGCAUUGUGAUUGGAUGAGAUGCCUGACUGCCAGGAGUCUUCCUGCUAAAACUACUGCUUACACUUCCAUUUCUAUCAAUGUCAUCAGAAUUGGAUUGUUUCUGAAAAAAAGAAAACCGUUUCUGUGCAUACACUGAGAUGAAAUCUUGGCAAAAGUAAGCAGAAAUGCUUACUUGACUUACAGUGAAUGAAAUAUAGUAGACUCCUGUGGCUGUUAAGUGAACUGCAGCCAGCUACCUGUUGCUCGUGCUCGCACUCGUGCACACACGCCAUAGGGACGUGAGCGAGCGAGCGAGCAUCGGCCAAAACAAUGACGUAACGUACAAAGAGGCUGAACUUGAUCCACCUGCAUCAUGCUGACAGAUGAGGCAUCAUAAUUAAAAUGACACAGUUAUGAUUGUUUUACUACAAACUUUGAGACUAAACUAAAACUACUUAUCAGCUAACAUAGCAUACUGAUACACACAUACAGCUACAUACUACCGAACUAUACCAGACAGUUUACUGUUGUGUUGCACUAUUGUAUGUUUUGUAUGUCAUAUAUUGUACUACGAUCAAGAAACCAGCAUAUUUGCUUAAAUUUAUCCUGUAUACCUGAUUUUUAUUAUAAAGAGAAGAUCAUUGAAAUUAUUAGAAAGUUACGAAGCAAGGUAGCUUGCAAUUCGUCAGUGUUACCAGGCAAGAUCAAGUUAGCUAAAAUAACACGGAUCAGUCCUUAUGGAACUAUAUUUCACAUGCUUUGCAGUUAUGUAAGCUUACCUGUCCAAUAAGAAGAACACCAAUUCAGGGUCGGUUUUGGUCUCCAAAACCGAUUGAAGGUCCCUCCAGGAAUCAAAUGCCCUGCCGAUGUUCACUCUAGUUUUCGCUCGACCACGAUCAUGUACAUGUUUAGCUAGAUGGGAUUCAGUAGAUAAUUUUUUUUUUUUUUUUGGCUUACUCAGUGUUUGUGUAGGAGUCGGUGUUGUGCUGGGAGCUGGACGUUUGCUGGAUUCCAUCUCUAAGAUAACGUUACCUAGUGUUGCAGUUUGUUGUUGCUGUUGAAUAGCGGAAGAGAAGCUGUUACUGUCUGAGGCAAGGCUCUCGGGAGCGCGCAUAAACGUCACAUCCUUUGGAUUUUCCCGGCAAAACCGGCCUGCUCCCUUUGCAUGAAAAUCAGUCUACAGGCUUUAAUAGGCAACCUAGGAAGUCCGGAAAGGGCUCAUUUUUUAAGUUGCAUUACAAGCCGUUCACACAUUGGCAAAAAAAAAAAAAGGCAAAUAUUACAUGAAAAUGUUUACAUACUGCACCUUUAACAAAUUGAAUGUAAAUGUUUAGAUUCACUUUCUGUGUAUACAUUGUCAUAUUUUAUAAAUUUUUUUUUUUUUUUUUUUUGGCUCAUUUUAGUUAUAGUACAGUAAUACUGUAUUUUGUAAAGCAGAAAUGUUUACUUGACUUGAAUAGAAUAUAAUAGUAUAUUGAAGCUGGUAGUUUGUAUUGCCAUGCUAAGCCAAAUAGGCACUUUGAACCUUUCAUUACAGUUUUUCACUGACAUUUUUUUAACACUGACAUGUCGUAAUUGUAAUACCAAUUUGUUCACUUAACCUAGGAUGUGUCAUUUAUUUAAUUUUUAUUCUCAACUGGUAAUAUUGUUUAACCAACAUAAGCUUAAGAAAAUAAUAAAUGAGGUGUAUUUGA